UACAGCUAUAAACUAAGGCUUGAGAAAGAAUCUGGAGAUGUGCUAAACUCGCACUGUGAAUGCCCUGCAGGGAAAGGCCCAAAUGGUACAUGCAAGCAUGAUAAUGCUUGAAAUUUUUAUUGAGAAUGGUGAAGUGGCGGUGCAGAAAUCGUGUACAGAAAAUUUGAUGAUGUUCAACAAGCCAAAGGCAUCCCAUAAAGGAUCUCCAGUCAAAGUUGAAAAAAUUACAAUUGGGAAGAGAAAAUCAGCGGUUCAUUUGGAUGACCGACGACCAGAAAAGUUUAGGCAUGUAGAGGGCAUGCAAGAUCGGUCUCCAAUUCAUGACCACCACUACUUACCACUGCCUUUCACAGAAUACUGGGUGGAUAAAGCAUUACAGGUAACUGAAUCAGAGGUGGCACGUAUUGAAAAAGAAACAAGGGGACAAUCUACAAGUAAGAGAUGGUUUGCAGAGAGAAUGUGGAGAGUCACAGCAUCAAAUUUUGGGCAGAUUUCAAGAAUGACAGACAGACGUGACAGACAGAAGCUUUGCAAAUCACUGAUACAUAUCAAGAGCCUCACCGCCCCUGCAGUCACUCACGGAAAAUCAUAUGGAAAAAAAAGCUAUCAAAAGAUUUGAAGAUAACCACAACAUAAGAGUUCAUAAGAAUGGUUUAUUCAUUUGUUCAAAAAUGCCAUUUCUAGGUACAACACCAGAUGGGGUUAUAGAUGAUAAAUAUAUAAUAGAGGUGAAAUGUCCUUAUAAAGGGCGGAAACAAGAAAUCAACACAAACACAAUGGAAUAUUUCACUUAUUUAGAGGUAGUGGAUGGGGAAGUCAAGCUGAAAAUAUCUUCCAAUUACUAUGAUCAAAUUCAGGGACAACUGUAUAUAAGUGGCAGACAAUUUUGUUAUUUUAUUGUGUAUACACUAAAAUCACUAUUUGUAGAAAUUAUUGAAAUCAACAGAGAAUACUGUGAAAUGUGCCAUAUACCAAAACUGGAGUCGUUUUAUACAUAGAGGAUAUCUAUAUUGCGUGUUUUGAUAUGUAUUUAUUCACGAGGCUUGCCGAGCGAAUAAAUACACCAUAUCAACGAGUUGGAUAAACCAGAUAUCAAAAUACGCAACUAUAGAUGUUCUAUUUAUCUUAUACGUCUUCUUUUCACUUAAUUUUGAGAUGAUCCCCAGUAUGGUAGAAACAGCUGAUUGAAUUUGUUUUGAAUCCGUGGCUCAGACGUCGUGCUUAAUCUGUCUACCUUACGCGGGAAAAAUUAGGGCGCUUAUAAACCAUUAAUAUACAGUACAAAAGGUCAUUUUUAUAAAAGAAACCAUGAAAGAAAAUUGUUUUAGAAGGGAUUAUAGUUUAUAAUUAAUAAUGGUUUUGCCAUUCCAACAAAGUAAUAACUAUUGACCGAGUAUUUAUUUUUUGACGUAGGCCUGACCUUCUGAUAAAAGUUUGAUGUCGGCGUCGUUUUGAAAUAAACAUGUGUAGGCUAACAACGAUCAAUGAAAGUAAUAUUUUAAUGCAGCGUUAUUAGAAUGUUCAACAGUUUACAAUGAAAAGUAGAAGUGUUUGUGCAUUGGAUUUUAUUUACGUAGUUUCUUUGGAUUUGAGGGCGAGAGGAAAUCCCGAGACACUUUAAAUAGACCUAGCCUAGUAAGUAAAGCUAUUGAGAUUUGUUACAUUUAAUAUGCUCCAGAAAAAAGAGACUGUGCUUUUGAAUACUUGGUAUCGCAGCAUAUCAAGGUACUUUCGAUUAGGCUUGUCCAGUAGGCCGUCGAUUCCUUGUCGAUGAUAAUAGUGUGAACAUACUUUUGUUUUCUGAUCGUAAUUUUUUGAGUAGUUACAGACCGAGUUGGCAUUUUUGUGGCCGGUAACUUCCAUUAGGCCCUAUAUGUCAGUGGGGGCAACAUCAUUUUAAU